AUGUCGCUAAAAGUAGGCUCCAUUGAAGUCUUGCAGUGUCCAGUUAAGGACCCCGAAUCUUCAGAUCCCCGAUAUGACGGCCCAGAGCCAAGUCUCACAAUCCUAGAAAAGGGAUUCAGGAAGGAUCCGGAUGCAGCAGCCUUCCAAGCUGCCACUAUUUUUGAGAAAGAUGUCAAACUCAGUCUACGGGACGGUGUAAAAAUCCGAGCGGACAUCUUCCGUCCUAACGAUGAUGUCAAGGUUCCUGCACUGAUCGCCUGGAGUCCAUACGGUAAAACAGGUCGAGGUCACUUCAAUCUUGAUGUUGUUCCCGGUCGCGUUGGUGUUUCAAAAUCAAGAGUUUCAGGCUUUGAAAAGUUCGAAGCACCUGAUCCUGCCGAAUGGACUGCCCGUGGCUACGCAAUUGUGAAUGUUGACGCUAGGGGUGUCUAUGAUUCCGAGGGAGAUAUUCGCUGGUGGGGUUCAGCCGAGGGCAGAGACGGAUAUGACGUUGUGGAGGAGCUUGCAAAACUGCCUUGGUGCAACGGCAGCGUUGCGCUUGUCGGCAACUCCUGGCUUAGUAUCGCACAAUGGUUCAUUGCAGCUGAGCGUCCGCCACACCUGAAGUGUAUCGCUCCUCUAGAGGGGGCCAGCGACAUAUAUCGUGAACUUCUCUGUCGAGGUGGAAUACCCACUUGGCCAUUUCUUGGCUUUGUAGCUCAGACCAUGUGUGGUCGAAAUGAGCAGGAGGAUGUGAAGGGUAUGCUCGACCAAUAUCCUUUGAUGAACGAAUACUGGGAAGACAAGCGGGCUAAGAUGGACAAAAUCAAUGUUCCUGCUUAUGUUCUGGCGAGCUAUUCUACGUUCCUACACACAAUGGGCUCUUUCAGAGCAUUCGAAGAAAUCAGUCAUGAUCAAAAAUGGCUACGGGUUCAUCCAUUUCAGGAAUGGUAUGAUCUUUACCAGGAGAGUACCAAUGAUGAACUUCAGAAGUUCUUCGAUAAAUACACGAAAGGGCUCGACAAUGGCUGGGAAUCGACUCCAAAAGUCCGAGUCUCUCUACUUCGUUUCAAUCAGGAUCCUAUCAUCAAUCAUGUCCUCGAAAAUUGGCCUGCUCCAUCUACUACCUUUCAGGAGUUGUAUCUUGGCGUAGACGGUCUUUUAUCCUCGGCGGUUCCAACCGCUGCGGGUGAUAUUUCGUACCAGUCAGACGUCAAAAGCCUGCAGAUGGCCACCGAUACCGAAGAGCUCUCAUUCGAGUAUACGUUCCCUCAGAAAGGUUGCAUUCUAGGCUGCUCGCGAGCAAUCCUUUUUGUGUCUUGUGAUGAUUCGGAUGACAUGGACGUUUUCGUCCAGCUACGCAAGGCCGACGCAGACGGGAAUCUGCUGGAGAAUAUUAAUAUCCCUCUAGAAGAUCUGAAGAUUGAAGCAAAAGACGUCGAAUCAAUUAAUCCAUUGAAGUACCUUGGUCCACCCGGGGGUCUUCGUGCUAGCCACGCUGCCCUUGACCAAGCUCUGUCCACCACAUCUUGGCCUGAGCAUGACUUUUCAUCUCGAACUCCUGUGCCAAAGGGAAAGAUUGUGAAAUUGGAUAUUGGAAUAUGGCAGACUGGGAUUGUCUUUGAUGCAGGCGAGAAGCUUAUCCUGAAAGUAUCGGGUCACAACAUGACUUUGGCUGAGUUCCCCCCACUGAGAGGACAAACACCCAAUGCCAACGUGGGACAGCAUCACAUUCAUUGUGGAGGCGCAAACCAGAGCAAAUUGAUCAUUCCCUUGGUGGAAAUCUGA